UGCAAAAUUGUGAAGAAUUUCUUUUUAGAGAGUGUUUAGAUGCAGAAAAAUUAGCAUUUCGCCCUCCCAAACAUCAACAUUUUAUCUUUUGCCCCCCCUGAUUUUCGGUGAAGCUCCGCCAGUGGUCCUUACUGCAAUUGGUCAUGCAAUAGCUUUGGCCAGACUACUCUCCACAUUGCCGUCCAGAAGGGAGCAUACAAUGUGGUGAGAUAUGUCUGCUCAGGUCAAAAGUUUGUGGAAAUAUUUAACACGAGAGAUAAAGAUGGGAAUACAGCUCUACAUUUGGCUAUACUGCAAGGAAAUCAGUUCAUCUUUUGCCAGUUAAUGAGCAGAAAUGAAGUCCAUUUGAAUUGCAGAAAUAAGGAGGAACACACACCUCUUGGUCUUGCGCUAUUAAGACUCCCACGAGGUCUGAAAUUCAUGCAGGCCCCACAGCGGUGGAUUUUGAACGACCUUGUGCUCGCUGGAGCUGAGUUGGAUACUCGUAGAUUGGAUCAUUUCGACGCCUACAACUACGACAUACCUGACAAGGAGAAGCAUUCUGAAGUAUUAAGCAAGUCCGCUGGUCUCGGGGCCGUCUGCGCAGUGCUCAUCUUGAAUAUAUCUUUUGCGGCUCCUUUCAACAUAUCGAAAUUGUACCCUGGAUCCUAGCACAUCAAAUAUACAAGUUGGCUUUUCAACA